GGGCCGGCGUGGGGAGGCGGCCGCCGGGCAGAGCGGUCGGGCCACCACGCAAGGAGGAGCUUGGGGCAGGCGGUUAUCAACUACGGGGCCACAGCUCUGGACGCGUGGCGACGGCAGACGGCGCGGCCCGGUCCCGGAGCCCUCCCGCCGGCUGCAGCACGCGGGAUCCGGGAGCUCCCCGCCUGGGCCCUCAGUCGCGGUGCGGGACUCCGCCUCGGGGCGGCAUGAGCUGGCGGCCGCAGCCCUAGCGCGUCGCACCUCUGUCCCGGCAGUUCCGCCGCACUGACCGGCGGUUGCUGGCGGGUUGGGGGCAAUGAAGCCGAGUCCGGGCAGCACGGCGAGGGAGCUGGAGCCAGCCGCACCGGCUCGGGGCGAGCAGCGUGCGGCGGAGCCCGAGGGGCGCUGGCGGGAGAAGGGCGAGGCGGAGUCGGAGCGCCAGCGCACUCGGGAGCGGCUGGAGGCCACGCUGGCCGGGCUGGCGGAGUUGGAGUACCUGCGCCAGCGCCAGGAGCUGCUGGUUCGGGGCGCCCUGCGCUGCUCAGGGGGCGCGACGCGGGGCGCGGGCGAGCUUCCGGGGGACGCGGUGCAGCGCAGCCGCCUGGAGGAGAAGUUCUUGGAGGAGAACAUCUUGCUGCUUCGGAAGCAAUUGAAUUGUUUGAGAAGAAGAGAUGCUGGUUUGUUGAAUCAGUUGCAAGAACUUGACAAGCAAAUAAGUGACCUGAGACUGGAUGUAGAAAAGACCUCUGAAGAGCACCUGGAGACAGACAGCCGGCCUAGCUCAGGGUUUUAUGAGCUGAGUGAUGGAGCUUCAGGAUCCCUUUCUAAUUCCUCCAAUUCUGUGUUCAGUGAAUGUUUAUCCAGUUGUCAUUCCAGUACCUGCUUUUGUAGUCCCUUGGAGGCCACCAUCUCAGAUAGUUGCCCCAAAUCUACAGAUGUGAAUCCCAAGUACCAGUGUGAUCUGGUGUCUAAAAAUGGGAACGAUGUGUAUCGUUAUCCUAGCCCUCUGCAUGCCGUGGCUGUGCAGAGCCCCAUGUUUCUCCUCUGUCUGACGGGCCACCCCCUGAGGGAAGAGGAGAGGCUUGGGAGCCAUGCCAGUGACAUCUGCGUUGGACCCGAACUAGAUGAUGUCACCAAAACAGACAGCCCCUUACCGUCUCCUAGCCGCCUGUGGUCUGCUCCCCACCCUCUGUGCACUAAGAAAAUGGACGGCUACAUCCUGAGCCUGGUUCAGAAGAAAACACACCCUGUAAGAACCAACAAGCUGAGAACCAGUGUGACUGCAGACCCCACCAAAGGGCUUCUGAGAAACGCCAGCGUGUGCGUCAGGGCUGCGGGGGGUGUCCCCCAAGGCAAUGGGGUGAACCUCAAGAAUUCCAAGCCAGUGUCUUUGCCCUCUGGGGGCACGCCGGCUUCGGACAACGGAGCAUCCUCCCCGUUGAAGCAGUGGUCCAAAGACCCCAAAGCCGAGCACCUGGAAAGCCGCAGGCUGUCCCCGCCCGAGGGCUGCUCUGCGAUAGCUGUCCCCGAACCCACAAGAGCUAAGGUAGCCUCUCAGGAACAUGCGUGGUGUCCUGCUGCUGGGCCCACGGAGGCCCUUAAGGAAGGCAGUCAGCUCUCGGCUGGUCUUCCCAAAGACAGCCCUAGCAGAGGCCCUGGUGCCAGCCCCGGGCCCGAUGGCAAAGUUCUGCAGCCCCCGAAGAAGAUGGUGACAGUGAAAAGCAGCCCGCAGGCCUCGGCCCCGGUGCCUUCUCUGCCGCCACCUGCAGCCUUCGUUGUGGAGGACCAGCUGGGCCUGGACUUUAAAAGUGAGGGCUCCUCCUUGCAGAACCCGGAGGAGGUCCGUCUGGUGAAAGCUCGCUUCAUCCCCGGGCAGGGGCCGCCCGGGGCCGAGAGCCGGCCGACCCGCGGGCACCGCCAUGCCGGAAGCGUGGCCAGAAGCUCGGUGCCACGGUCCCGAGGCCAGGUCCCGCCACUGCCUCCACCGCCAGCAUCCGGGCUGGAGAAUGGCGGCCUGCCCACCGUCAGGGAGAAGAGUGCCCGCUCAGCAAGCCGCAAGUGCCGCUUCCCCGACGACCUGGAUACAAAUAAGAGACCAAAGAAGGCGUCGUGCCGAGGCCGGCGGGGCGCCGUCGGGCUGGGUGAUGCAGCGCUGCCGGGCAGGCCUCAGGGCGGCCACCGAGCGGGCCUCAAGGCCCACGGCUGCCACGGCCAUGGACGGGAGACCAUCGUGGCCAAACCUAAGCACAAGAGAACCGACUACCGCCGGUGGAAGUCGUCCGCCGAGGUGUCGUACGAGGAGGUGUUGCGCCGGGCCCGGCGGGGCCGCCGCCAGCACACGGGCGCGUUCCCGGUGCCCGUGCCACCGCCCUUUGCCAGCCCCUAUGCCUUCGCGGCGGCCACGGCCGUGGCGACCAGCGACUCUGAGUACUCGGCCGAGUGCGAGUCGCUCUUCCACUCCACCGUGGUGGACACCAGCGAGGACGAGCGCAGCAACUACACCACCAACUGCUUCGGUGACAGCGAAUCUAGCGUGAGCGAUGGCGAGUUCGUGGGCGAGAGCACCUCCACCAGCGACUCGGAGGAGAGUGGCGGCCUUAUCUGGUCCCAGUUCGUCCAGACGCUGCCCGUGCCGGCCGCAGCAGCCCAGGACCUUCGCCGCAACCCCGCCAAGGCCUUCGUCAAAAUUAAGGCCUCCCACAACCUCAAGAAGAAGAUCCUCCGCUUCCGGUCGGGCUCCUUGAAACUGAUGACUACGGUCUGAGACCCACUGUCGAGGUCAGGGG